AUGAAGUUCGCGGUCGCUGCCAUCGUCUGCUCUAACCUCCUUGCCCUAGCCUCCGCCUCGCCAACGGCUCGCGCCGCCCCCGAGCCUGCAACCGUACCAGACUGUGGGUACUCGACCGUGCCACUCCUGCGCGCGUACUCAAAGUCGGCGACCGCCCACUUCUACACCACGAACGCGACCGAGAUGGCCGCCUUCAUCAACGGCGCUGACCACUACAUCUCCGAGGGCGUCGCUGCGCAGAUCCUGCCGUCCGACACCCAGGCCCCCAGCGCCGUCCCGCUGUUCCGGCUGUACGGCGCCAAGUCGACGGACUACUUCUACACGGCGAACACAACAGAGCGCGACGAAGUGCUCAACCGCGGCAACUACGUCAGUCAGGGCGUGGUGGGGUACGUGUAUCCGGACCAGGAGUGCGGCACGGUGCCACUGUAUCGCCUGCACCAGGAGCCGGACGAGGCGAACUUCAACUUCUACACGACCGACCAGGCGGAGGUAGACGACUUCGUGAACAUGCUCGGGUACAACAACGUGGGCGUCACGGGGUAUGUGAACCCCCAGUAG